UCACCCAUUAACACCCACACUUUCCUCUCCUCCAAACUCGUCAAAAUGGCCACCGAGCAGAGCUACAUCAUGAUCAAGCCUGACGGCGUCCAGCGCGGCCUGGUCGGCGAGGUGAUCAAGCGCUUCGAGCAGCGCGGCUACACGCUCAAGGGCCUGAAGCUGAUGAACGUGGAGAAGUCGCUGGCUGAGAAGCACUACGAGGACCUGUCCGCCCGCCCCUUCUUCCCGGCCCUGGUCGACUACAUCUGCAGCGGCCCCGUUGUGGCCAUGGUGUGGGAGGGCAAGGGCGUUGUGGCCACCGGCCGCAAGAUGAUCGGCGCCACCAACCCCCUGGCCUCCGAGCCCGGCACCAUCCGCGGUGACUUCGCCAUCGAGGUCGGCCGCAACGUGAUCCACGGUUCCGACUCGGUCGAGUCCGCCACCCGCGAGAUUGGCCUGUGGUUCCCCGAGGGCGUCGCCCAGUGGACCCCCGUGGCCAAGCCCUGGAUCUACGAGUAAACAACUGGCCUCAGCAGCAGCAGGUGCUUGCAUGGGCGCCUGGAAGCUUGCCAUUGGCAAUUGUUAGUCGCUGAUGUGUGGUAAUGGAAGAUGUAAGGUGAUUGAAGGUGGAGGUGUGCGUGGGCAUAGGGCGAGGUGAUGAAAGUCUGGCCUGAGGUGAGGCCGGGCGUGGUGCUGGCGGCAGGAUGAGAAGCAGGUUGGGAAUGACACAUGAUGAAGCGGAACAGGCGCCGCAAAGCUGAUGCAUGUUUGUAACCCGCCGGACAAGACUUCCGCAUGCUGCCCGAUACAGAGUUACAGUGCCCUCCACGGGUGCGACAUGCCCCAACGGUAUUGGGGCUAUCCGUGGCUCUCGCCAACGCGGCGUCUCCGCACGCCGAAGCAAUGUGUUGAGUUUGCGCCUAGAAGAGACGACCACUCAGGACGGUGUAAGAGGGCUUGCGCUGAGACGGGAUCAACCUAUCUAGCUCCUCACAUCACGGACCUAGGCCAUACCUGUUUACGAGAAAUCCAGCAAAUCUCUUGCCGCGGAAAUCGGCAGGCUCAUGCGGGCGCGGGGCGCCUCGCUAGCUCUUAAGCCC